CUUGUUUGGAUGGGUGGGGAGGGGGAGCCGACCUCCUGACUGUAUGGUGGAGCGCGCCACGGACUGAAGUCUGGACCGUGGAGGGACUGAGGGAGGCUCAGGUGGGGCACAGGGACUGGUUUGGGAUUCGAGAGGUAAAGCCUGAAGAGAAACCAGAGUUGUGUCCUUCCCCGAGUCGGGUAGUGCCACCACUCCCUCCCCCAGGCAGGUUCCCUGUGGGCUGCAUUUCGGCCGUGGGAGGUGGGGCGUGUUCGUGGGCUUGGGGCUCUGCUCUGGACUCACCUCCGAUGUGAGGCGUCCUCAUCCACAUCAAGUACCGGGAGCUGAAUCGCCCCCAGUGUCCCUAGGGCUGGCCCUGGGACCACAUGGGGUGACACUGCGAGCCCCGCCGAUGGUGGCGGGCUGGGACUGAAGCUGGGUCUUGUCAGCCCGUCCUGGAGGUUGGGAGAGAACUGAACUCGGGGACCAGCUUAACCACCUCUCCUUGUGAACACAUAUAUAUAUAAAGUCAGUAGUCUUUGGUCGGGUGAUAUCGAUCAGUUUGCAUUAAGUAAUGCAGCCAACCGUCCAGCCUAGGCUUUGACUCGGAUAAAAACCUACUGACAUGACUGCUGUCUCUCCAGGUGAUAAACUACCUGCCCAGCUCUACCGAGGGUGUUACUUUAAAAUAUCUAAACUAUUAGCUUGAAUGGUUCUGAGAUGUUCAGGGUUCUCCAUUUCAGGAUGUGUUCAAGAUUGUCUUUUAGUAAUUCAGCCCAUUAUUAGUUUAUAGCUUUUGUUAGGAAGAAGGGGAUCCUAAAGAAAAAUAAAAUCACUUUGUGCAUUUAGCGGGUAAAUGGAUUUUUACAUUAAAGAAGGUAUUCUUUUCAAGGUAGAGGGCCAUUUUUCUUAAAAAUUAAUGUCUAAGGAUAGGUCUUUGUGAAUUGUAAGUCAGUUUAAAUACCGUUCACAAAUUUACUUUAUUCCCAUAAGUGUAGAGUUUGAAUUAUCUGAAUUGAAACAUAGCAAGGAAAUAUAUUGAACUGAUACGGCUUGUGAUGAGUGGAUGAGUGGAGGGAAGAAUGUUAUUUAGAUUCAGAUUAAGACCAAAGUAAUUUCCUUAAGUAUAAGAUGAUAUCAAAGAUUUGGGUUAAAAUUCACUUUGACAAUGAAUUAUUUUAGCACGUACUGAAAUUUUUUCUACCCAAGAGAUUUUUAGGAUAGCCCUGGAACAGUGCUUUUCAGCAUUUGAGAACUGCAAAAGGUUCCCUUAGCAGGUAACCUUAGGAUUCCCUAACUUAUUAUCUGCAUAAAAUUUGUAUUAUUUGUAUUUCUGUUUCUCAUAUAAUUUAUAUAGGUUAUUCAACACACAUACAUAAUCACCUCCAAAAACCCCUAAAUAUUUCAUUCUUGUCAGGAAAAAAUAUUAUUAAACCUGAGGAAAUCUUAUGGCAAUCAAGGUAGGGGGAACAAGUGCUCUAUGCAUUUCCUCCCUCCUUAGAAAUUGAAAACAGUUAAAGGAUUGUUUUAAAACAUGUUCCCAGAAUAAUUCCAGAAUACUCAUUUCAAUUUGUUACUAGAAUUAAAGUAUCUUAUCUCCAAACUCCGUUAAGUAUAGCUUGCCUUUUUGCUAAAUUAUAAAGCUCUUUUUAGAUUAAGUACUAUUUAGGAUAUAUGCUGUUGGAAAUGAAUCUGAGGGGCAGGAAGAAGAUCUUGCCCCAGUCCCACAACAAAAAAUUUGUGUGACUAAUGUAACAGAUGACUGUAAAAGAUAAGUGCCAGUUCUAAUACAAUAUAUUUUUCAAAUUGUGAUUUGGAUAAUAAUUUCACAGACAUUUUUAUCUUCGAAUAUUACUUAAUUUUCAACAUAUACUUAACACAGACUUUUUCUAAAAUUAAAUGGCUUUUCUAAAAAUUAAUUGGAUUUUGACUUAACUGCCUGUUGACUUUUUUUUUUCCAGGGUUCAUUGAAAAAUCCUUAGUGAUAUUGACUAAGGACAUAUUGACAAGUUACAUAAAUUAGCCAAUGACUCGGAAUGAUGGAUUCCCAGAAGAUUGGAAAUGGUUUGCCAGUGAUUGGACAAGACACUGGUAUAGGGAUAUCUACACUCCACAUGGUGGGGUAUUUGGGAAAAGUCAGUGAGCUUGUUUUCCACUCUGUGCAAAGUUGUUUUUUUCUUCUGUUUUUGAUCCAUUAACUAAUUUGGUUUUUAUUUUUACCAAAUAACUUUUUUUUCUAUAAAUUAUGCUUUCCACGGAAAUCUUAUGGCAAUGGCGAAAGAUUAUUUUCAUAUAUUUACCUCUGUUUUAUUGACAUAAGAAAGUGUUUAGUUUAUCCUCACAAAUUUAUGGUUUACCUUAAAAAUCAUGGAAUCUGUUCAUUGUUGAUAUCACUUUUUGUUUACAAAUAAAAAUGAUGCUGUUUUAAUAUAGAAAUCUUUUAAAAUUAGUGACAUUCUUUUUUGACCAACAAUUUAAAUUUUAAAUCCUUAUAUGCAUUUCUUUUAUUUGUCAUAUUAAAAAACUAUUUCUAGUGUAACUGUUAGUGUGAGAAUUGAAAAGAUUUUCUAAUGUAUUUUCACUUCUUUCUUUGAUCGUGUAUGGGAAUACAUACAUUUUACCUUGUUUUAUUUCUUUCUCAGAAGUGUGAUUCAGCUAAACUUACAUCAGAUGGGUAUUGUCCAGCCUGUAGAAAGAAAGGAAAGAUCAAAAUUUUAAAGUCUUAUCGAAUCAGUUUUCAAGAAUCUAUCUCUUUGUGUGAAGAUCCACAGUGCAUUUAUCCACUGGGCUAUAAGUCACUGGAUAACAUUAUAGUUCCUAUUGAUUUGGAAAAUUAUCAACCUCCCUCUAAACAGCCAAAGAGGAAGAUCUUGGAAAGUAACAGUGUUGCUUCAUCUUUGGAACCAAAUUCAAAGGAAGAUGGCAGCAAUACUUUGUUUGACAAUGAACAUACUGUGAACAGUGAGGUUACUCACAGACAUGAUGAAUAUAAUUUAUAUAGAACUUCAUCAGAUUUAUCUGUUAUGUUACAAGACUGGCAGCAAAAUCCAAACAGGGCACCUGAAUCUUUGCAGCAGAGUGUGAUUUUGGAAGCUGAAAUUGCAGACCAGAUAACUGAAGAACCUCCUUUGAUUGUUGGCUCCCAGACUGAGAGUGUUCCAAAACCUGAAGUGGAUGCAAGUAAAUUAGAAAUCCUACUGGAGGAUAAAAGUUUGCCUUUUGCUGAAUCUACAUGUCUUCAGUGGAGAAAUGCAUAUGCUCUCUGUUGGUUAGACUGUAUUUUAUCAGCAUUAGUGCAUUUGGAAGGGUUAAAAAAAGCUGUGACAGAACUAUGUCCUAAAGAAGAAUCUAUUAUCCAGCAGUUGUAUACCAAAUAUAAUCAGGCAAGCCUGCUUUUGACUGCUCAUCAUAUGAAUGGUGCUAAAGAUGAAAGUUGUAUAAAGAAUGUUUCAGAUAGACUUCGAAAGGCUGAAACUCAUCUAAAUGAAGUCAGAAACAAAAUUUUUGCUAAGCUUCAACCAAAACUUCAUUGUAAGUUAGGUAAUAUGGAAAGUCCUGUGUUUGCAUUUCCCUUGCUUCUACAAAUGGAACCUCUCAUUGAAACACUCUUCAUGUCAUCUUUUUCGUGGAACUUUGAGUGUUCUCAGUGUGGAAGCAAAUAUCAACAGAGGUGUUCAAAGAAUCUGAUAACCUUCACAAACGUAAUACCUGAAUGGCAUCCACUUGAUGCUGUCCAUUUUGGUCCAUGUAAUAGUUGUAAAAGCAAAUUACAAAGAAGAAGAAUGGUCUUGGAAAAAGUAUCUUCAGUAUUUAUGCUACACUUUGUAGAAGGCUUGCCGAGUAAUGACUUGCAGUUCUAUUCAUUUCAUUUUGAAGGCUUUUUCUACCAAAUAACUUGUGUGAUUCAAUAUCAAAUGAAUGAGAAACAUUUUAUAACUUGGAUUUUGAAUUCUGAUGGAACUUGGCUAGAAUGUGAUGAUUUAAAAGGACCAUACUGUAAAAAACAUCAGAGAUUUGAAGUUCCUGCUUCAGAGAUUCACAUUGUUAUCUGGGAAAGAAACAUUUCUACAACAGUAGAUCAAUCCAGUAUAGCGUUUCCAGUUCAAAAUACAGAAAGUUUCAGCUUGAGUGAUUCCAAACCAGAAUCUCUGGCAUUGUGUUCCGGUGAUGAUGCUGCCACUGACAUGUUUUCAACAUUUGAUCAAGACAAUAUUUUGAGUACUCCAACUACUGAUCCACAAUAUGGAGUAGGCACAGAUCAUGAAUACAAUUUACUUUCUGGUCUAGAAGAUUUGGUAGACAAUGAUGUUAUAACUUUGACACUUACAGAAAUUCAUGUUGAUUCUGAGGGCAAUCCAAUUGAAAAUCAGCCUGUGAUAGAUCAGUCUCUGAUAAAGGAGAAGGCAGUUGCUGAAAUGGACACUUUACAAAAGCAAGAAUUAGUAUUAACUUCUUCACAGUCAGCUCCAUAUGAGGAAAUCCUUGUCCAACCUCAAACUCUACCUGCAAGCAUCCUAACUCAAAAUGCUAGUAUUGAUUUGAAAUCAGAUCAGCUGAAUCUGGAAAAUACUUCGGGUAUUAUUUGCAUUAAUAACACAAUACAUGUGACUGCUCUUCCACAAGGAGAGAAACCAUUACAAAUUGAAGAGACAAAAGUUAAAUUUUCUCCACCUGCCUUGGAGAAGGGUGCUGUAUCAAGUCCGGUCCUUUCACCAACGGUUGAAAAACUUAUAUCAAAACAAAGUGUCUUAUCUCAAGUGUCUAAUUUGAAAACAGCAAAUAAUAUUGCAAGAGAUUCCCAAAGUGUAGUCCUGGAUUCAACACAUAAUUCUUCACAGUCACAGAAAAAAAAGUUUGUAGGAAGUUGGGUAAAAGGAUUACUAAACAAGGGAGUUUCUUUUAUGCCAUCUUGUGCCUCAGCUAAUGAAAGAAAGGUCCAUUUGCAAAAGACAACUGACUUAAACUCUCUGGUUAAAAGGGCAAAUAAUUUUCGAGGCUUUAAACCUAAAGGUAUAACAAAUCAAACAAGUCCUCAAGCACCCAAGAAAAUGUCUAGGUCUGUAUGCAACUCACUUCCGGUUCUUAAUUCUUCACCAUCAAAUGUAAGUACAUCUUUACUACCUGAUGAAGUUCAGGAAGGUACAAAGGUUUUGACUAAAUCCUUGCAUAAAAAUGUUCAGUCCCUCUCUAAUGGAAUAUCUUCUAAGCACAGUUUUAAUGGAAAUGAAAAUCACAUCUCUUCAGGGACACAUGAGAGUCAAACUCACAAACUUCGUCUAAAACUUCUUAAAAAACUUAAGGCAAAAAAGCAAAAGCUGGCCACUCUUCAAGCUCUCCAAAUAAAUGGAAAGCCUCCAAAGAAAAUUACAAAACUUUUGCCCCAAGAUACAUCUCAAAAUGAAUGUGAAUCAUUACAAGGCCUCUUAAUGGAACUCCAGGAUCAUAUCAGUGCCACAGAUAAUAAAUCUAAAGAUACUGCACAUUCUAAUAUUGCUCUGCAUAAUAGCCCAACUCAUGAAGAAUUUUUAGCAGAAUUACUGUCUUCUACUACAACUGUUGCCUCAUCAGAACUUCCAAGGGAAAGAGAAAAUGAUUGUGAGUAUUUGGAGAUGAUACAUAAUCAUAACAUGACACCAACACCUAGUGACUUUGUCAGUGGAUUCUCUUCCUCUUAUCCUAGCAAAGACCAUAAUUAUUAUAGUCCUGUAAAACAAAGUCAGUAUGAAGUUCAGAUAGACUCAAUAACAAAUAAUUCUUGUGCUAAAACAUUAAACUUGGAAAAUCCCUUAAAAACAGAUAUUCUUGAUGAAUUUUUUUCCACUUCAGUAUUAAAUUCUUCAGCAGAUGACAUAGAGUACUUACCUCAUUUUGAUGAAUAUAUGUUUGACAGUUGAAUGUUUGUCAGUGUUUUUAGAAUUUAAUAUUUGUAAUAUUGCUUUAGAAAAAAUAUUAAAUUAUGUUUUCAAAUAAACUGCACGCUGGCUGUGCUCAAAAUGUAAAUCAGAAACACUGGUUUGUGAAAUGUAUUGUUUAUUUGAACAAAAUGUAACAUACUGAAGUCUUUAUUUCCCAAAAAGCACUUCUGAUUUCUGAAUUAAAAUGAUCGAAGUUCUGUUUCUAACAUUUGGGGAUUAAUUUUUUAUUUUGUGGAACUAAAGCUUAGUUUUCUACAACUUAAAAAGGACAACCUUUUGAUCUCUACUGUUUAAAAAUUAUAGAUAAGGAUAAAACUAGUUUAUAAAUACCAGGACUUUUAAGUAAAAUGUAUGACAGAGCUUAUUAAUGGACUUCAAAUAGGGAUUCUGUGUUGAAAAUGUAAUGAUUUUAUUAAAGGAAUCUUUGAAUGGCAUAGAUGACAGUAAAUUCUCAAUAAAUAAUUGUAAACAAAAUAUUGCUUCUUUACACUCGUAGAAGAGAACUUCUCCACCUAUAUAUCACAUUGGGCAGCUAGGUAGCACAAGGGAUAAAGUUCUAAAGUACUGGACUCAGUAAGAGUCAUUUUUCCAAGUUCAAAUCUGGCCUCAGACUCUACCUGUGUGACCUGGGCAAAUCAAUUGACCCUUAUUUGCUUUGGUUUCUUCCAUCUGUAAAAUGAACUGAAGAAGGAAAAGGCAAACCAAUCCAGUGUUUUUUCCAAGAAAACUCUAAAUAAGAUCAGGAAAAGUUGGACACAAUCGAACAACAAAAUAUGUUCACCCUUUCCUAAAUGUGUUGUUUUCCAUAGUAAAGUGAUGAUAGGGGUAGUAUGUCUCAGUUGUUUGUACCUGGAAGAAACAAUUUUGUUUUCCCAUAUGCUACUUCCAGAUUGCCAGGAUGUAGGGAAUGAAGUGAAUUGUCAAUGUCAAUGUACUUUACGUGUCUUGUAUAUCUUAUUCAACAAAUGUUUAAAUAACUGCUGAAAUGAUUGUAAAGGGGGUAGCCCUAGUUACCAAGAAAGAAUAGAUAGGAUUAUGAAGGUGAGCAUUAGGUUAUUUCACCAUAUUGUGAGAAAAAAUAUAGAAAUAUAGCCUAAUUAUACUAUUUAAGGCCAUUCUGGUCCUCUGAUAUUACAAUGAGAACCUUGGAUUUUCAGCUGUUUUAGUGGAAAGUACCAGAAAUAGUUGACUGGAUGUCUCUCUUCCAAAAAACAGUAGGACAGCUCUUAAAGAUUGGUCAGAGAAUGUUUAAUAUUAAUUUAUUUUGUCACUACAACUUGAUGGGAAAAUCAGUCUUUUUAAUCUGAUCUUUUUAAGACAGGGAUUCUUUACUUGAGAGUCUGUAAACUUAAAUUUUUUUUUUCUUUUUAAUACUAUGUAUUUUAUGCAUUUCAAAACAUUCUGGGAAGAGGUUUAUAGGCUUUUACCAAAGGGGUCUGUGAUAUGCAAAAAGGUUUAGAAUCUCUAUUUUAAAAAAUAUUUUUCAAGACAUCCUUUCCACAUAAAACACAAACUCAUUUGAAAUGCCUGUUUUACAAUGUAAUAAUAAUGCCCCAGGAAGAGAUUUCUGAGUAACCUUUGUUUCUCCCCCUCCUCCCUUCCCUUAUAAAUAGUACAGUAUUGCUUUAAAAUGUUCAGAUUCUUCUCUAAAACUUGAGUAUGUAAAUGGGUCAAAGGACAAUACAGAUAGUAGACUGAGGAGUUGACCUUAAUAGCAAAUCUAAGAGAGAUGUGGUUUCAUGUGCCAUGUACAAAAAGCUUCUAAGAGACAACUCUGACUUAGUUUGGAAACUUUCAACACAUGCUACAAAUGUCCUGUGAUCCAGGAACAUUUUAUUGUUAAAAAUAUUGGUUGACUUUCCUUCUAGCAAAUGUAUGCAACACAUACUGUAGAAUGUAUACAGAACUGUGCACAGCAGAGGUAGUAAUUCAAGACGAUGCUGUGAAUCCGUGCCUUUAAGGAGCUUCCCAGUGUAAGAAGGAUGAUAGGAGACAGAUAAAAUGAAAGUCUUUCAAUAAAAUGCCUAACAAUAUGAUGUUAAAAAAUGGUAGCACUUUCUACAAGUACUAAAGGAAUAUAAGAGAAAUCUCAAAUAUACCAGAAGAGUGUUUUAGAAUUGAAUUCUUGAGAUAUGCCCACAGGAGAGGUUAUAGAAAAAGAGACUAUCAGUGUAAUAUUGCAAUUUUCAAAUGGAAAGGAAAAAAAGACUUUUAUCUUAAUGAGAGUGAAUUAGCAUUAUGUAGCUUAGUGAAAUGCCCUGUUUUAACUCUUGAAUUAUCAUGACAUCACUUAGGAAAGGAGUUACCAACAUGUGCUCAGUGCUUAGAGAAGUUACUACCAUCUAUCACAGUUUUCUAAGGUAGUGUAACCAAGUCCUAUUUAAUAGGAGGAUAUGACUAUACAUUACUGGAAAACUAGAAAUGUGAUCUUUUUCAAAUUCUACAGAAAGUCCACUGUUCAAAUAUUAGAGAAUUUCAGAGCUUAGUCAACACUAGGUGUUUGGUACUGUGUGCCAGUGCUUUGCUUACAGUGUAUGAACAGCAUCUCUAAUCCACUUAAUUACUUUGUUGAUUAAUAGCAUCUAGUUGCUCCCUGGCAUUUCAGUCUCUACUUACUUUACCCAGACUUAAAAUUUAAGCACAUAAAAACAUCUCUGAUUUACAAAAUAUUUGAGGGUGAUCAGCCUUGUUUAGCCUGGUAUUAAAAAGACUAGCGAAAUAAAGAAUUAAUCUUGUUCAAAAGAUGUGAACUGUUUUCCAAGUUUGAAAUGGUAUCAACCAUAUGUGAAAAAAUGCUUCUAAUCAGUAAUAAUGAAAGAACUAUAUUAUGACAAGCAAGAUGUCUUAUCCAUCAAAUUGGAAAUAAAGUUUGAAGGCUUAUGGGAAUAAUGUUUGAAGACUUGCUAAACAGUGGAAAAAUCUUUGAAAUUAAGAUUGAAAAGUUAACAGUUCAAUACCCCUUGUCCCAGAAAUCCCACUGUGGAGCAUGCACCCCACAAGGUAACAGCUAAAAAUAUUCAGCAAUUCAUGGUAGUUAACUGGAAAAGUACAUGCACUUGGGUUGGGAAAAUGUUGAACAAAUAGAUAAUGUAUACAAAUAUAAUGGAUGCUGAUGAACACGAAUUUAGAGAAAUAAUGAAGACAUAAACAGAUAUAGAGCAAAGAAAGAACCAGGGGAAUAUUAGACAAAAUUUAUAGGAAUAUAAAUGAAAACAAAAUUAAAAGAUACUUCUAUACAAUGACUAAUACUCAUGUUAAAAUAGUCUCCGUGAAGAAAUACUAAAUUAUAAAUGUAGAAUGUUGCAUGUCCUGUCAGUUGUAACUACUGUUAUUAGAUGGUUUUGCUUAAGCUUUAAAAAAAAAAAAGCAGGAUUGGAAGGAAUAUUGGAAAAUGAUUGUUGAGUCAAAAAGUGUAUCAAUAAAAUAUCAUUAAAAUCUUCAAAAAGUUAA